UCUCUCUCUCUCUCUCUCUGUCUGUUUCUCUUUAUAUAGAGAUUAUACAUUACUUUUACUCUUUUCUCCGAUUCCCUUUCACUGACAUUCCUUCUGCAUUCGUCGCGUCAGCGUCCAUCCCAGCGAUACUUUCAAACUGCAGUGGCAUACCCAUAAGAUAAAAUUUUUCCAAAAUCAGAAGUAGUCUCCCCUACAAAAUCCUUGAUUGGCGUUCAAUAUCUUAAGUUGUUACUCGUUCUGUUUUGAGUUAAUCGUAGCUCUCUUUUUUGGCCCGUUAUGUUUCCGAGACCCACACAAAAAUCCGUCGUUUGUCCUGAUUUUGAAAUGAGCAUUGUUAUUUUCUUCUUACGUAAAUAGCAGGGCCUAGUUUUUUUUAUCCCAAAUUAUAUGCAUUUUGUAGCCUCUCUUCUCCCGCUGUUGCUCCAUCUUGAUCUUCCUUCUACUCACCUUACAGCCCGAGACAGCUGGAGACGGAGAGUGCGUCACUGCAGGACCUCAGCUUUCACUUUCAGCUCGACUUCUUUGGCAGAGAGGAGCAAAUCUGUACUGUGUUUGUGAGGAUCGGAGAAAAGAUUUCUGAAAUCCUUGCCAGCAACGUGAAGCGCGCUCCCAAAAUACAGCAGAUGACGUCACAGCUACGCCGUUUCAGCAAGAGAGUCAGCAGCCUUGGACCAAGCCCUUCAAAGCGUGUCGUAAAGACAUUGGAAGACCUUUUAGAACAGCUGACCAAGCAACUUGGUUCCAGUGGCCAGGUUCUCCAGUCUCAUGCACAUGUGUUCGAACUGCUCGUGGAUCUAAGCAAGCUCAAGUUCAAAGACGAGAAUCUUGCUCUCCAAUUGUUUGAGAAGGGACUGUACUACUUCGACCGCAUCCCACAGAGAACUAUUGCGAACGAUGUGGACGUUUUCAAAACCACGUCUAGUAAGUUUUUGUUGACGAUUGAGCAGAUUGAUACCAAAUUUCUGAGAAAAACAAAUAUGGCAAGGAUGGUAAUGGAUCACCUGUUGGAAGUAUCUUUUGCAAACAACGCUGAGUUACUCCCCCUGUGGCUGGAUAUGUUACAACCUCUUCUGGCUUCCUGUACCUCGGACACAGUGUACGCCUGCUACAAGAUUGUGGACCGGCAGUGUGUAAAAUUUCGACUUCACAAGCCUGUUGUUCAUCGUCUUCUGGACACGACAAAGGCACGCUUGCUGGAUUGUCAAAGUGAAGAGAAAGAGGACGCGGACUGUAAAAGAGAACUGGCAGAUUUUGCAGUGCACCUUAUUUAUCAUACCAUAAAUGAAGGCUUGGCUAAAGAGUUUUCCAUGAAGUUUCUGCACUUGGCUAUUGACUUCCUGGAGCGGAGGGAGAAGGAUCUAUUUUCUGUCAUGCAGACUGCUGCCUCAAAUGCUGAGCCCAAGACCAAGGACCACAAGGCUGCAGCAGUGUCUAUCAUGGGUCGGCUGCACGCGCUCCUCAAAGAUGCAGAGUAUCCUUGGUAUGAACACGUGGACAUCCUACCAGGAGCGACGUGCUUAGUGCGAGCACUCAUUCGACCUGUGAACUAAAAAGUAUAAACCGCCUGGAUAUUGCUGCCGACCUCAUCCCUGGCUUCCUCCGCUACUUCGAGUCUGGCGACGAACGUCUCGACAUGUUGAGCUGUAAAUUCCUCAACGACUUUGCCCAGGUGUCAUCGGGGCUGCCAGUGGUUGCUCCGUACCUGGGAGAUAUCAUCAAGCUCUAUUUCACCAAAGGAGACGUCGACCUUUUACGUGUUAUCCAUGAUGUUUACCAGACGAACCCUGAACCGAUGACUGACUACUUUCAUCAGUUUCUGCUGCAUUUGCAGAAGAAAGGAAAUGGGGAAGUCCUCACUUGGAUUGUACAGAUAAUAUGGAAGGUCUCCAAAACACAGCCGCAGAAAGCAGCUCCUCGUGUUGUGGGCCAUGUAACCCAGAUGGCCCUCAGCCCCAACAAGAACAUUGCUCUCAUGGCCCUCUACUAUCUCAGCGUUUUGGCGCGAAAGCAUCCACGACUGGUUGCCAGCAGACGAGAAGCUCUGUCCAAACUCAAUAACCCCAAUCCCGACGUGCAGAUGUCUAAGAGUCACCUUAUGCAAGUCAUAGACGGCAACACUCCAAAGGCCCUUUUGAAGAAACUCGUUGAGGAAGAAAAAAAGUUGACCAGUAUGACAGAGAGAGUAACCGCUGCCGAAGACGACUCUAGAGACUUGAAGCAGCGCCAAAGUCAGCAGAGCGAGGACCUUGGGGCAGUCAAGGACAAAGCAGGGAAACAAGGUCAACGCCUUGAAGCAGCGGAGAAGGCAGCUCAUGACGUAGCUAUCAAAGUGGAGGAAAUUGAUUCAAAAACAAUCAGCCACGCGCCAUUUUGGGUUAAGGAUGUUUCUCUGCUGCUCAACAAAGAAUGCAGCGAGGAUUGGCGUCUGCUCAGUAGUCGCCUUGGCUACAGUAAACAGGAUGUGAAGUCAUGGGCCCAGCUGGCUGACCCAAGCACGGCGAUGCUUAAUAAAUGGUACUCGGACCAUAAGACAAGCGAGGCGACAACAGCUUUGCUGGCACAGCUACAGGAAAUGGCGAGAGAGGACGCGGCGGUCAUUGUGGAGAACGCUAUGAAAAACGCAGAGGCCGUUGUUGAAAGUGAAGACUUCGAGUACACCUCUCCACCGCACAUCUUCGUCAGCUAUCAAUGGGCUCACCAAGCGGAGGUCAAACAAAUCGUGCAACACCUGGAGAUGGCAGGCCACACCUGUUGGCUGGACAUUGGUCAAAUGGGAGGGGGUGAUAAACUUUUUGAGAAGAUUGACAGCGGAAUCCGCCGGGCUCGGGUCGUACUCAGUUGUGUGACUGACAAGUAUGCCAAGUCGCCAAACUGUAACAGAGAAGUGAACUUCGCUGCAAGCAUAAACAAACCAACUAUCCCUCUGCUACUGGAGAGCUGUGAAUGGCCCCCAAAAGGCAGCAUGGGACCUCUGUUCAGCCAGUUACUUUACAUUCGCUUCUUCAAGAGGGCCGAGGAAAGGGGCGAACGAACGUUGUGGCCUCCGGAGAAAUUCUACGAGCUGCUCAUGCAACUCCUGUGUCUUGGAGUGGAACCCCAAACAGAACGCGUGAGAACGAAGUACCAGAGAUGGUGGGAGCAGACAGUGGUGGGAGAGCCAAAGACGACAGGACUCACAGUAGGACCAUCAAGACCGAGGGCUAUAUCCACGAAGACGACUGGGUCCUCUGUUGAAACAUCCAGGCCAAAGGUUGUCUCUAGGAAGAUUGCUGAACAAGCUGCAGUGGCAAAGACGCCUGAUGUCUUUAUAUCCUACCAGUGGAGCAGUCGGAAACAUGCACUGCAUCUAACAGACAUCUUGACGUCACGUGGACUAACGUGCUGGACGGACGUACAACAGAUGGGGGCCGGGGACAGUCUCUUUGAAAAAGCAGAGACCGGUCUCAGGACGUGCCAGCUGGUCGUGGCCUGUGUAAGCCAGAAGUACGCCGUGGCGACAAACUGUCGUCGGGAGAUCAGUUUAGCUCGAACUCUCGAGAAGCGCAUCAUUCCUGUCGCCGUAGAGGAAAUCACGUGGCCUCUUGAAGGCCCAUUGAGGGACAUCAUGUCUAAGCUUUCGUGCUUUGAGCUGUGGAAGGACAAUCUUGGUCAAGAGCAGUGGAACGGGCCCCAUCUCCAAAAAAUUUUAACAGAAAUUGAGAAGUACACACGAAGAUCUGACAGAGGCAGCAAAUCUCUGGGGUCAGGUACCCGUGACAAAGAGACCUCCAAAGAAGGGACAGCGGCACUUUCUCCAGUUCGCGCCAGGGUCCGCUCAGCCCGGGUCAAGGCACGACUUAAAGAAAUUAUGACACCGUCAGAGAAAAGGACAAACGCUUCUGCAUCACGUGCUUCAAGGAAAAGCCCAUCUCGACAAGCUAUAAGCAAGUGGUGAACAUAAAAGUCACAAGUUACAAUGUGGAUUGACUCGCAUAAGAGAAACCUCCACCUUCCUUCCGAUGAGGAAGAGAUUGCCCAGUAAUAUGUUAUUGUUAUUAUAUAAAACGUCACAGAAUUACACAAAAACAACCUUGAAGUGAGCUCUUUAAAUCUGAACAAACCAACAAACAAAAAAACCCAAAAAGAAAAAAGAAAAUAAUGGCUGUAAUCAAUAACAACAAUCUUUUGGAGUUUUGUUAACCCGUUUUGUCGGACGAAUUUUGACAAAGAACAAUGACUCAACAAGUGAGUUUGUUUCUCUGGGUCAGUCAGAUGAUCAAUCAUUCAAUAAUUAAAUUUUGAUCGCCGAAACGUUCAAGGCUAGUCUCUUCGGCUGAACCUCUUCACAACUGUGUAGACGUGUAUAUUAUUAUAUGUGUGUUCUCCAAAACUGGGUCUCAGUCGUUUCGUCUUCUAAUUUACAAGGGAAGUCUGCGGAGAUACAAUUACGACCGUCCUGUUGUUUAUUCUUAAAUAAGGAAAAAUAUACUUUGGCUUUGUUUAAGUCUUUCUUGUCUUGAAUGAACAUGUUGUGUUUGUACAAACGUUGAGGAAAAUAUCUGAGCAGUGGAGGUGUUAAGACAAAUCCUUCCGGACUCCCUAGACACUUGUCUCCUUAUUUCUUUCACAUAAAUAUAUUAUCCUAGAUAAACAAUUAAUACUUAAAGGCUCUAUAUUUAGCGCUAUGGGACAGCAGACUUAUUGUGUUUAUAGAAAGGAUGGAGAAUGAGAGGCAACGUGGAUGAAAUUUAGAAGACAAAUGUUUAUUCUUGUUGAAUUUCCUUUGACAUGUCUGGCUGACAGUUUUUCCUCAACUCGAUCAAACGUAGCCAAAAAGUUGAUAGCAUUUGAUUUUUCCCUUGCUUAAUAAUGAGAAGCUCAUGUUUUUAGAGAAAACGUGAAAAAAGCAAAGCAGGUGGAUGUUUGUAGAUUCCAUUCGGGAAAUAUGUGAAGGCUGUGUGCAAGACUCCGACAAACGCCUAUAUUCCCAGUUUCUUUUGAAGGCAGACAGUCUUCUGUUGUUAGAGUGGCUUAAAAAAUUAAUAUCACAGAAUGCCAUCUUGGUGAGUGAAGAAUGACAAAUGUGUAAAGAGAUGACAUGGAAGGACAAGGGAAAAUGUUUUCUCUGAAUUCAACAUGUUCAAGUAUUUAAAAAUCCUCUUCCCCAUUAUGUUUUCUCGAUCAAUGUUUUGACCAAACCUUUAUAUUGUCUUGAGUUGCACAAUUUCUAACUAUCGAACAAAUAUUCGCAAUGAAAUGUACUCUUGUGUGUGUGUGUGAAUGUUAGCUCAAAUAUACAGGUAAAAGAAUGGAGAUUAAAUACACUAAAAAGCCAUGUAGAGUGGGUAGGGCGACACUUGUGAUGUAUUUAUCAACGUCUCAUAUUGACAUGCAAGCGAGGAACCUCUGCUUCCCACUGGGAACAACAACAAUAAAUAUCAAUGUUUUCAUUCAUGUGAUUCCUCUUUUCAACCUGUCUGAUAUUUUUCUACAUUUUAACUCGACCACCAGGAACAAAGAUACCAUUAAAUCAGAGACCAAAGCAUACAGUCAAUGUGAAAGUAACCAUAUUUUUGUGAUUUAUGUGUUUUCAAAACGACCCGUCGAUGUACGCUCAUUUCCCCUUCAUGGUUCAUGUGGACAGUCUUGUCAACUACCCAACUCCCACUCUACAUUCCAAACACUGACGUUUACAGUCUAUCCCUGCUAUACACAAUCGCUUUUAGUUAUCAUGUGGUCACAACUAUUGCUUUUUACUACGAUUGUAUGAUGUCUAUGGAAUUAUAAAAUUAUAUUCAGUGUGUCAUGAUUUGCUGGUUGUUGUUGUUUUUUUCUUGAGGCUCUAAAAACGCCAUCCCCAUCAUCAUCACUUCCACCAUCAAACACACUGACUUCACCAGCAAAUGAAGACUACAAUAACGGAAGCACAUCGCCACAAUAUCGGCCAUUUAAAGUUAAGGAAAAAAGCGAGAUAGAAACAAUAAAGGGAAAGAAAGAAGUUGCUCCCUCCAAAUACACUUGAAAA